CGGCAAAGAACAAAUAACAGAACCGCUCGGAGAUAAAUUGUCAUGUGUCUUGUAAAAUACCGGACCCGUACAACAUGAUCGAGUUAAGUUUUAAUUGAAGAAGAUCGAGUUGAGAACGAAGGAAGAGCAAUGGGUGUCGAUUAUUACAAGGUUCUUCAAGUUGAUCGGAACGCGAAAGAUGAAGAUUUGAAGAAAGCUUAUCGUAAACUCGCCAUGAAAUGGCAUCCCGACAAGAACCCUAACAGCAAAAAAGAAGCCGAAGCCAAAUUCAAGCAGAUCUCCGAAGCUUACGAUGUAUUGAGCGAUCCUCAAAAACGAGCCAUUUACGAUCAAUACGGAGAAGAAGGUCUAAACAGCCAGGCUCCGCCUCCCGGUGCGGGCGGGUUUCCGGGUGGUUCAAACGGAGGAGCUUCGUUCCGGUUCAACGGUAGAAGCGCUGACGACAUCUUCUCGGAGUUCUUUGGAAGCUCGAGACCCUUUGGUGACUCACCGUUCCCGUUCCCUGAGGAAGUUUUCUCUUCUUAUAGUAGGUCAGCUAAAGGAGAAGCCUCUAACGCUGCUCCACCGAGGAAAGCUGCUCCUAUAGAGAGACAACUUCCUUGUAGUUUGGAGGAUUUGUAUAAAGGAACCACUAAGAAGAUGAAAAUCUCUCGGGACGUUAUUGAUUCCUUCGGGAGACCCUCAACGGUCGAAGAGAUCUUGACGAUAGAAAUCAAACCGGGAUGGAAGAAAGGAACAAAGAUAACCUUCCCUGAGAAAGGCAACGAGCAGCGAGGAAUCAUACCAUCAGAUCUUGUAUUCAUAGUUGAUGAGAAGCCACAUGCUGUGUUCAAGAGAGACGGGAACGACCUUGUGAUCACGCAAAAGAUCCCUCUCGUGGAAGCACUCACAGGCUACACUGCUCAGGUCACUACUUUGGAUGGGAGAACGCUAACGGUUCCGGUCAACAACGUGAUCAGCCCUUCCUAUGAAGAGGUUGUGAAAGGCGAAGGCAUGCCGAUUCCUAAAGAUCCAUCAAGGAAAGGAAACCUGAGAAUCAAAUUCAACAUUAAGUUCCCUUCUAGGCUGACAACAGAGCAGAAAACUGGAAUCAAACGGAUGUUUUCUUCUUCUUAGAUUAUUUAGUUUUAAAAUCUUCAAUGUUGUCUUUCUGCUACGUUUGGUUUCAGUUGUUUUGGUUGGAUCUUUGGGCGGUCGUUGUGAAAUGUUUAGGUGUGUGGCCGUGUAAGUGUUUUGUUUCCGAGAUUGUAAUGAUCAUUUAACCAUGUAGUUCUUACUUCUCAUUUAGAUUUCUCCACGUUCUUCCCA